AGGAGGAGGAGGAGGAGGAGGUGAUGGUAACAUAUAGGCUUGAUUAUUAUGCAGUCAGUGAGACUCAGUAAUAAAGCUAUCAGUGAGACAGACACACAGAGACAGAGAGGUUUCCUCCAGCCCCGGCUCGGAUCGCUCAGUCUCCUCCGGUCCUUCCUCCCUCCAGUCUCUCUCCUCCUCCUCCUCUCACUUCAGAUUGGAGGUGACAGGUGAUCGAGCAGUCAGUCUGUCUGUCGGAUUCCAGCAGCGGAUGUUCUUGGGCAGGCUUCUUCCCACCGCGGUGAGGCUGGACGGAUAAAACUCACCAUGGCGCUGGAACCGGAGGGGAACAACCGGCUCCUGCAAGACGUGCUGGCGAGACCGGGGAACGAAACGUGCGCGGACUGCGGCAAUCCAGAGCCGGACUGGGCGUCGCUGACUUUGGGUGUGUUUGUUUGCCAGGCCUGCUCGCUCCUUCACCGGAGCAUCCCCCACAUCAGCCGGGUCAAGUCUAUCCAGGACACGUGGGAUGCCAGUGACGUGGAGAUGGGAACUUGCAUUAUGUCAUCCACCAGCAUGAGCAUAUAUUGCCCUGCCUUCAUCUGCUAAUAAAAUAAUCGGAAAAAUGAGUUCCCAACCGGGAAGAUUCACAUGACUGCCCC